ACCUCGUUGACAUCAACACCACGACCAUUAAAAGUCUCUACGUGGCUCUGUGGUAAAACUGUGAAGUCUUUUAUUUUUUAAAAUUUUCUUCUACAACAGUGAGAUUGAAGCUAAAUCAUGCUGGCAACCAGGGCUUUGCUGUCAAAACAAACGCUGGCUGUUCUUUCUCGCCAGCCUGCCUGCUUUGUGCACCAGGGUGACUACGGCAACUGGGGAAAUACUAACGUUGCAGUGGUUUUCUCAGGAUGCGGAUGGUGGGACGGCACUGAUGUCCAUGAAGGGGUUUACACCAUGUACCACCUGAGCCGUAACGGCGCCCGCUUCCAGAUGUUUGCUCCAAAUCAACAGCAGAUGCACGUGAUUGACCACAUGAGAAAGCAACCUGCCUCUGGAGAGAACCGGAAUAUGAUGAUGGAGGCAGCCCGCUUCAGUCACGGACAGGGAAUGACGCAAAUGCAGGACCUGUCCAAGCUGGACGUCAACAGCUUCGACGCCGUCAUCUUUCCAGGAGGACAUGGAAUCAUCAAGAAUCUAUCCUCUUUUAUGAAGGACGGCAAAGACUGCAAGCUGCACGGCGACGUGGAGAGGGUGCUUAAGGAUUUCCAUCGUUCACGCAAGCCUAUCGGACUCGCCAGCAUGGCUCCUGUGCUGGCCUGCCGUGUGCUGCCGAGCAUUGAGGUAACCAUGGGUUACGAGCGAGACGACAACACCCGCUGGGGACACUGGCCAAACACAAACAUGGUGCAGGCUGUGAAGGGCAUGGGUGCUCGCCACAACGUCCGUGAGCCAUAUGAAGCCUAUGUGGAUGAGAAGAACAAAGUGGUUAGCACUCCAUCCUUCAUGUGGGAGACUGACUAUCACUAUCACUAUAUAUUUGAUGGUAUUGGAAAUAUGGUCAAGCAUGUCAUGCGCAUGUCAACCAAGUGAGGUGGCGUCUGGAGAAGAAAUAGUGCUACCACAAAAUAUACACCUGUGUACUGUGAUGAAUUCUUACCUGAAACAAUAAAAAAUAGUUUAGUAAAACAGCAAA